AACUUGUUGAUUUAGUAAUGGUAAAAAUUUCGGUCUUUCACAAUUUAUCCAGAGACAACUGACUUUUGAGAGUGAAAGGGCAGAAAGAGUAACUAUGACAGAAUUAUAUUGAUGUCUUUGAAGAACAUUUAAUAAUAACACAGAUUUGAAGUUUUGUACAAGUGCAAGACCUGUUUUGGUAGGAGUGCAUUUAUAUUCAGUAAAUAUUUCCUCAAAGCAUCAGGAUGCCUGUGUAUAUAAGAAAGAGUCCCAUGGGAAUACCACCUCCCUCUGACAAAGCUGGAAGCAGUGAUGAAGAGAACUCAUUCCUGAAAGAUCCGGAUCAACUUCAGGAUCAGCUACCCCAACCUUUCCGCAUGAUUGACAAAGUCCUAAACACCUUGAUUGACAGUGCUUGGGAGAUUAUUCAGUACAAUGAAGCAAUCAGAAUUGAAGAACAGUGCAAGAAAAAAAUACCAGUUUUUGAAUCCACUGGUGAAAUGCAGCUUUCAAGAAAAGUCACCUGUCUCGCAUUUUCUGAGGAUGGAAAUUAUAUAUUUGCUGGCUUUUCCAAUGGAAUUGGUGUGUUUUGUUCCCAGUCUAAUUCCAUAAUUUCAGUUUGGGAAGAAGAAGGCACAGAGAUAACUUCUUUUUAUGUUACAAGUCUUAGAGAGCAAGCUCAUCUUAUUGCCUGUGUGGAUGACAUGGGUAUAGCCCGCCUCUUCUCCUAUUUUUCUGAUACAGUCAUCCUUAUCAAAACGAUUAAUGAACCGGAUGAUGUAAGUGGAAGAAAUAUUUGUUCCAAAUUUGAGUUGUCAAAGGGUGGUGACUUUGCUGCUGCUGUACUAGAAGACAGUGAUGAGUCUUGGCUAGAAGUCUAUCGAUGUCCUAAAGAUUCUUGGCUUCAGGAUGUUGAAAUUGCAAAAGCUGCUUUACAAAAACAGCAAUACCCAGAUAGCCAAGCAAGCUCUGCAACAGAUGUGACUGUACAGCCUAGUUCAGUUGGAGAUAUUAAGUUUUCCUCUCUCACAAUAGUGAUGAAAAUCAAACCACCCAAGUCAAUUUCAGGGACUUCUUUAAAAAACCCAUUUGAAACGUUACAUAAGACAGAUGAUGGCAAUGUGAUUGGCACAGGCCAGAACCACAUGAUUAGUUCACAGCAGCUGGAAGAACAGGAACUUGUUUUUAAAGCUAUGUACAAGAACUACCUGGAAAAAGUUGAGGCAAAUACAACAGAAAGUAAACCAAGUCUAGGUAAUUUUCAUUUUCUUCUGCCAGGAGGAUUGAUUCCAUCUUUUGCUGACACAAAGGGCCAGAAUGGGGUGCCAAUUGCUUUGAGUCUAUGGUGGAGUGGAAGUCAUAACCUCUUUAAGUAUCUGCUUGUCAGACAAACAAAGGAGAAAACAGACUCCGAACCAAGGCCUGAUGUUGUAUUGCCCAAUGCUAAGCCAAUUCUGUGCUCCUCUGUAAGUUCUUCCACAGGAUACAUCGCUUUGGGUCUUAUGGAUGGUGUGCUGACAAUUUGGGACAGGUUAUUAGGCCUUCCCAUGGCAGUUGUUGUACUCCCAGAUACAAGUCCUGUUAACAGGGUGCAGUUUUUUGAUCUCUGUUUUGGCAAUGUGGAGACCACCCCUAUCAGUCUGGUCUUGCCUAACCCUAAAAUUCAAGUCUUGGCAGCAUGUAGUGAUGGAUCAUCAUACAUCAUUUCCACAGCAAGAAGCAAAGAAACAACACUGACAAGGCUCACUGAAAGGGCUGAUUCCAAAGAUAGUUUGCCUCACACAUAUGCUCCUAUACCACUUUAUCCAACUUUGGUUCUUCUUAUAACCAGAAAUGGUAAUAUUGCCAUUAUGAAUACUGACGGGAAACCAGUUUGUUGCUUCUCCCUGCCACAUACACACAUAUUGGCAGAUCCAUGGCGUCCGAUGUUCCUGUUAAGUCCACAGAAUACAGCUCUGUUCAUGAAAGCGGAUCUGAAAUUAUCACUUGAUGAAAUGUCAGUGAGACAGGAUGUGGACAGCUCACUCUUCAUUUUCAGGUUUUGUCAUUUUUCUGUGAUGGAAUCCUACAAUAACUCAGAAAUUUAUUCCCAGCCUUUGAAGUGCUCUGAAUCUUGGGAAGAGUGGACUGAUCGUUAUUUUCAAUACAGGCUAUUGUCACAGAAGUACAGAAAUGAGACGACUACCACAUGUUGGAGACAACUACAAGAACAUACUGAGCUUGAGAGACAACAGAAAGGAGCUCAGAUGAAUGCCAUGAUUGGCAACACAAUUAGCCGGGGAAAAUAGAAAAACCUCACACAGAGAUAUGUAACUGAAAUCUAGUUGAUGGUCCACAAAAUGAAGUUGAGCAUCUUGCCAUUUAACAUUUAAAAUGAUUACAUUAGAGACACCAUGCUUUCAGAAUGGAAAUGAAAAGUAAUUGAGCUUGGAUUAAAAAUAUAUUAGUAAAGAAAGAAGUGAGAUGCUGCAGCAUGAAGGAAUAUAGAUGCUUAAUUUGCAUGCGCGCCUGCUUACCUUUAAACCUGUGUUUCACUUUUAACACUUAAUGGAUACUUUUUAAACUGAACACUCCAUGAAAUCUGUGUGAAAUCAGAAUUAUCCUGCUCCUCAUGGACUCUGCUUACUGUAAUGAAUACCAAAUGUUUUAUGCCCCAUGGCUCAUGGAGGCAAAGCAGAUGUUUAAUUUUUUGGAACAUUAUUUAUACAACAUAAAACUGUAAUAUUACAAUGUCAGGUGUCUAUAUAAACAUACUGUGUUUUGCAAUUACUCAUAAAUAUUAAACAGUGUAGUACUUAGAA